AAUUUUAGUUUCCUUGGGCCAGGAGCCCGUACGCACCAGGCUCACCCUCCGCCCAAUUCCACGUCCGAAGUUGGGACGGCCUCCUACCACCUGUAGAGACGAGGGAGUGGGUUUGAAAUCAAGUCCCGGUGUCUGGGGUCCCUAGACGGAGCCGGACUUCGGCCCCUGUGUCCUGCUGCUCCCGUUCAGGCUUCUCCAGAUGCCAUGGAGCUGGGCCUGUCUCCACCUCAUCACAGCAGCUCCCUGGAAGACCCGUACCCAGCCCCUGGGACCCCUGGGAGCCCUCCUGGGACUCCUCCUGGGACUCCCCCGCCUCCUGAUGCCCCUCUUCCUGGGGAGGCGAAGAGGUCGCAGCCUCUGCCCAUCCCAACCAGCAGGAAACUUCGCGAGGAGGAGCUGCGGACAACCUCUCUACCCUCCAUCCCCAACCCUUUUCCCGAGCUCUGCAGUCCUCCCUCACAGAACCCCAUUCUUGGGGGACCCUCCAGUGCAAGGGGGCUGCUCCCUCGGAACGCCAGCUGUCCCCAUGUCGUAAAAGUGUAUAGCGAGGAUGGGGCCUGCCGGUCGGUGGAGGUGGCGGCGGGCGCCACGGCACGCUACGUGUGCGAAAUGCUGGUACAGCGAGCUCAUGCCCUCAGUGACGAGAACUGGGGGCUGGUGGAGUGCCACCCCCAUCUGGCGCUGGAGCGGGCCCUGGAGGACCACGAAUCGGUGGUGGAAGUGCAGGCUGCCUGGCCUAUUGGCGGAGACAGCCGCUUUGUCUUUCGGAAAAACUUCGCCAAGUACGAGCUGUUCAAGAGCUCCCCACACUCCCUGUUCCCAGAAAAGAUGGUCUCCAGCUGCCUGGACGCGCCCGCGGACAUCUCCCAUGACGACCUCAUCCAGAACUUCCUGAACGCAGGCAGCUUCCCAGAGAUCCAGGGCUUCCUGCAGCUGCGGGGCUCGGGACGGAAGCUUUGGAAACGCUUCUUCUGCUUCCUGCGCCGGUCUGGCCUCUACUAUUCCACCAAGGGCACCUCCAAGGAUCCGAGGCACCUGCAGUACGUGGCGGAUGUGAAUGAGUCCAACGUGUAUGUCGUGACUCAGGGCCGCAAGCUGUAUGGGAUGCCCACAGACUUCGGCUUCUGUAUCAAGCCGAAUAAGCUUCGAAAUGGCCACAAGGGGCUUCGCAUCUUCUGCAGCGAGGAUGAGCAGAGCCGCACCUGCUGGUUGUCUGCCUUCCGCCUCUUCAAGUAUGGGGUGCAGCUGUAUAAGAAUUAUCAGCAGGCACAGUCUCGCCACCUGCGCCCAUCCUGUGUGGGGCCCCCACCCCUGAGGAGUGUCUCCGACAACACCCUGGUGGCCAUGGACUUCUCUGGCCACGCUGGGCGUGUCAUCGAGAACCCCCGGGAGGCUCUGAAUGCAGCCCUGGAGGAGGCCCAUGCCUGGAGGAAGAAGACGAACCACCGUUUCAGCCUGCCCACGCCAUCCUCAGGCACGAGCCUCAGCGCAGCCAUCCACCGAACGCAAUCCUGGUUCCACGGACGCAUUUCCCGAGAGGAGAGUCAGCGGCUCAUCUCCCAGCAAGGCCUGGUGGACGGACUGUUCCUGGUCCGGGAGAGUCAGCGGAACCCGCAGGGCUUUGUCCUCUCGUUGUGCCAUCUGCAGAAAGUCAAGCAUUAUCUCAUCCUGCCGAGCGAGGAGGCAGGCCGCCUCUACUUCAGCAUGGACGAGGGCCAGACUCGCUUCACCGACCUGCUGCAGCUCGUGGAGUUCCACCAGCUGAACCGAGGCAUCCUGCCCUGCCUCCUGCGCCACAGCUGCACCAGCGUGGCCCUCUGACCGCUGCAGACGCAGGCCUGCGUCUCAGCCCUGUGCUCAUCGGGGGGGGGGACUCCGAGGGUGCACGGGGCGGGGACAGGGUCAUGAGUGCCUGGAGGGUCCCCUACUCCAGUUUUCUCCGCUGCUCCUUCGUUUCACUGAGGCAGAAAGUGCUCCCCACCCAGUUGGCCCUCAGCCCGUCUUCUCAAGGGAAGGCACUUGGGGGGGGCCCUCUUCCCUUUGGGGAGCUCCCUCCUGGGCUCUGCCCUGGGGCAGGGCAUCAUGGGAGAAAUGGGGGCAGCCCAGGUGGUCUUCUGCCCCACACUUUGUACAGACUGAGAGGCCAGUUGAUCUCUGUUUUAUACUAGUGACAAUAAAAAUUAUUUUUGGAUACA